AUGGCACAACUAAACAUUGAUACAGAACUUCUAAUUAGUGAAGUAGAGGCCAGAAAAAAUCUCUGGCACGCUGGUGAUGAAUUAUAUAAAGAUCGUGACAUCAGAAUCAAAAGUUGGAAAGAAAUCACAAGUAAUAUAAUAAAAAAUUAUAACGAAAUGUCUGAUUUCGACCAGAAAAAAGCAGUUGAAAAAGUGCAACAACGGUGGAAAACUGCAAGAGAUGCAAAAAUGCGAUCAAUUUCAAAAAACAAAAAUAUGAAGUCUGGAUCCGCUGCAAAAAACUUAAAACACUAUAUUUACGAUCGUCAACUUCAGUUUUUAGAAACAGUUGCUGAACCCAAUACAAGUCAAUCAAGUCUUGAUGAAAUUGACGUUGUCCAAGCCGAAGUUGAGGAAGACGAUCAAAAUACUAAAAUUGUAGAGGAUCAGGAUGAUAGCAUAGAAUUACCUGCAGAAACUGAAAAAUGGAAAAGGAAGAGAAAUACUGGGAGUACAACUGGGAGUAAAAUUAAUAAAAAAGCACUUGAAACUGGCAAUGUGACUCCAAUUUUAAUUAACAUAUAA